AUGUUAAAUAAAACCGGACUUGUAGAAGAAUUCGUAUCAUAUAAACAAGUUCUUACUGCAUUUAGAGAAGAUAUUCCAAUACUGACACGACAUCAUGACGAAAAAUCGAAAAGAGUUUCAUCAAAUACAGAAAAACGUGAUAAAGAAGAUAUUUUAAAAGUAACAAGUCAACAUAACCGGUCACGUUCGUUAGACGAACUUCAUUCAAAUGAAAAUGGAUGUAUUUCAAUAAAUUCAUCUGCUAUUCGACGUCCAUGGCAUUGUCAAUUAUGUCAAACAUUAAAUCAAAAUGAUUCUCAAAUAUGUUCUCUUUGUGAUUCAAGUAAAAUCAAUGUUUAUAUUCCUAUUAUGAAUCAUAUCGGUAAAACAAAUAUUCAAAAUCAUGACCAAAAUGAUUCAUCGAUGCCAGACAGUGAUACAGUAAAAUAUCGUCAUGAAAAUUGGAAUGAUGAAAAUCUAGUUAAACAAGAAAAUAUAUAUCGACGUAGUGUUCUUAUAACAUAUAAACGUGAAGCUGAUGAACAUGUUAUUUUAAAACAUUUUGAAAAACUUCUUAAUAGUGUAACCUUAUCUCAUAGUCGAUUUAAAGAUGAAACAUUUCCAGCAUCAUUAGAAUCACUUUAUAUUAAUGGAAAUUCUUUAUCACAAUCAACAUUAGCUCUUCUACCUGAUCCACAAAUGCAUUUAUCUCAUCAUAAUUAUAUUCAAUGGUUAAGACCUGAUGAAAUCAAUCCACCUGAAUGGAGUGAAAAUGAUAGGCAUCAAUGGACAGUUUUUAGAAAUCCGAAACCAAAUGAUGUCAUUCAAGGAGCUUUAGGUGAUUGUUGGUUUAUUACCGCUUUGAGUGUUCUCGCUGAAAAGCCUGAAUAUUUAAUGAAAGUACUUGUAACGAGAGAUUAUAAUUAUCAAGGUAUUUAUUAUGUUCGUUUAUGUAAAGAUGGCGAAUGGACACAAGUUAUUGUUGAUGAUCGUCUUCCAUGUACAUCUAAUAAAAGAUUAGCUUAUUCUCAAGCACGUAGAAAACAACUUUGGGUUCCAUUAAUUGAAAAAGCUUUAGCAAAAUUAAAUGGAAGUUAUGAAGCAAUUAUUGCUGGUCGUUGUUGUGAAGGUUUAUCAACAGUAACAGGAAGUCCAUGUGAAACAUUAAUUCUUGGUCGUACAAAUAAUCCUGAUGAUAAAAAUGUUGAUCAUAAUGUUUUAUGGAAGAAAUUAUUAAAUGCACGUUCACAAAGAUUUUUAAUGUGUGCUAUGUGUAGUAAUAAUCUUAUUAAUAAACAAGAAUUUAUAAAUAAUGGUUUACUUAAUAUUCAUGCUUAUUCAUUACAAGAUAUAAAACAAUCACAUGAUGGAAAAUAUAGAUUAGUUAAAUUAAGAAAUCCAUGGGGAGGAACAUAUAGAUGGAUUGGUGAUUGGUCUGAUAAUUCUCCAUUAUGGAUUCAAAAUCCGGAUUUACGUCAAGAAUUAUUAAAAGAAAAACGAAGUAAAAGAGAUGGAGUUUUCUGGAUGCCAUUUGAAUCGUUUGUUAAAUAUUUUGAAUGUGUUGAUAUUUGUAAAAUAAGACCAGAUUGGUAUGAAGUUCGAGAUUCAGGCAAUUUUUAUUGUGAACAAGGAAUGAUGCAAGCUUAUUAUUUAACUAUUCAAAAUUUUACUGAACUUGAUAUAACACUUUAUAGAAAAAUAAGUAAAAAUCUUCGAAUCCAACGAAGUGAUGUUAGUCUUUGUGUUGCCAUUGUUAAUAUUGAAGAAAAAACAAUUGGAAACUAUAGAAUUUAUUCAAUUCCAAUAAUAAGUCAACAAGGUCAACAUAAAUUUGUUUCAACCGAUGGUUCUCUUCAACCAGGAACUUAUCUAAUAUUACCUUUUCUACUUAAUCCAGUUAACAAACAUCUUGAUAAUACUGAAUUUAAUAUCGCUGUUCAUAGUAAUCAUUCAAUUGAUCUUGAACGUAUAAAAAUUCCAUUAAGAAUUGAACGAGAAUUUUUAAUAAAACUUUGUAUAAUUUAUGGUGAACAAGUUGAAAAAGGAUAUGAAAAUGAAGUGAAUGAUGAAGUUAAAAUCUAUGAAUUAAAAAAAUAUUGGGAUGGAGUGAUUUUACUGGUUGAAAAUCGAAAUCCAAAUAAAAAUGUUCAUUUUCAUUUUCGUUGUAUGUUAUCACAAAAUGCAUUUAUGUCAAGAAAAGAUUCUCAUCAUCAAUUAUUUGAUGUUAUUCCAUCAAUGCAUAGACAAAUUAUUGUUACUAUUUCCAGAAAAAAUCCUUCACAUUCAUUUACUAUUGGACAUGAUUUUCAAUAUAAUCUAUCAUCACAAAAUUUUAUUAAAAAUUCUCGUUUUAAUAAACAAAAACAUUGGCCAAAUAUUGAUGAAUCAACAUUCAGCCAUGAUAUUCAUUUACCACAAUCUAUUAACAAUACUAAACAACAAUAA